GAGGGCGCGGGGGGGAUGCCGGUGCUGGUGGGUGUUGGUGUCGGGGGGUGCCGAGGAGUGUCGGGGGGUGCCGGUGGGUGCAGUGCCAGGAGGUUCCCAGUGCCGGGGGGUGUCAGUGGGUCCCGGUGCCUUGGGGUGCCGGGGGGUGUCAGUGGGUCCCGGGGGGUCCCGGGGGGUGCCGGUGGGUGCCGACUUCCAGUUUCGUUUCCCCGACGGGGCGUGUACCGGGGUGAGCCCGCCCCUUAUCUCGUCCCCCCCCCCCCCCGCAGGAGCUGGAGGAGGCUCGGCAGUGGAAGGGGGUCCGCGAUCUGCAGCUGCUGGGGGGCGACGUGCUGCGCUGGGGGGGGCUGCUGCUGCCCAACAACCCCCCCCUACAACACGGGCGCCUUCCGCUUCGAGCUGACCUUCUCCCCACACCACCCGCUGGCCCCCCCCCGUGCCAGGCUCCUGACCAGCAUCUACCACCCCGGCGUGGACGAGGACGGCCACGUCUGCCAGCCCCUCACCUCCCAUGACCACUGGCAGGCCACCACCCGCGCCGUCCACGUGCUGCAGGACCUGCUGCUGCUGCUGGACAGCCCUGACACGGAGCGGGGGAUGCGCCAGCAGCUGGUCCGCGAGCUGAGCGAGCAGCCCGAAAUCUUCUGGCGACGUGCAGAGGAACACACCCGCCGCCACGCGGAGCCGCGGCCCGAGCCUCCCGGGUCCUGAGCUCAGCUCAGGACCCCAGCUCUGUUCUGAGCCCACCCGGGGCCUGGGCAUCGCCCCCACCUCGGUGCGCUAUGGGUCCCCACACUCCAUCCAUAAAGUUGUUAAUUUAUUGCUGCU